AUUUUUACCCGCAUCGAUUAAAGGUUGGUACAAUAUAUGGGGGAAAAAAAACACGUGUGACUCAGUCGGUGUGUUAUGACGUAGAGGAAAAUUUCCAAGAAUGAAAGAUCGAUUUCACUAAACCUGUAGCCAGCGAGCGGGAAGGAGCACUUGCGCUAACAAGAUGAAUAAAACUGAGAAAAAUGCCGAAUUUACAGUUGACGAGGAAUAUUUAAGGCAGAAGGAGAAAGCCUUGGUUGACAGUGAGUCUUCAUCUCCUGGCAGCAGUCAGAGCAGCCUAGAUAGUGGGGAUGAAAAUGUCGGACGAGGAAACUGGUCGGGCCGGCUAGACUUCCUGUUGUCCUGUGUAGGAUUUGCUGUGGGACUGGGGAAUAUAUGGAGGUUUCCUUAUUUGUGUUAUCAGAGUGGAGGAGGGGCAUUUUUAAUUCCAUAUGUGAUUUUCCUGAUCUUGUGCGGGAUACCAUUAUUUUUCCUGGAGGUCAGUUACGGCCAGUUUGCCAGCCUGAGCCCCAUCACAGUGUGGAAAAUUUCCCCACUCUUUAAAGGUGUGGGAUAUGGUAUGGUCAUCAUAUCGGGGAUUGUAUGCGUGUACUACAACAUAAUCAUCACGUGGACAAUCUAUUUCCUGUAUUACUCCUUCAGAGCAGUCCUGCCCUGGAGUACGUGUGACAAUUCAUGGAACACGGAGAAAUGUUACGUCCGCGGCGAAAGUGAUCUGACCAAUGGAACGAAUGGAUACAAUGUCUCCAAUGUAAACACAACAAACCUCUUCAAUUCUUCAGACGUAGCAGUGACUUUUGCCGACUUGACAAGCAAUGUGUCGAAAUUGAAUACAUCAGACAGGGUCACAGCCAGUGAAGAGUUCUGGCAGAAUGAAGUUUUGCAAAUCACGGACGGAAUUGAGGACUUGGGUGUCAUUCGUUGGGAGCUCCUCAUCUGUCUGGCAGUGGCAUGGAUCAUCGUUUUCCUGUGCCUGUGUAAGGGAAUUAAAUCAUCUGGAAGGGUAGUGUAUGUGACAGCCACCUUUCCCUAUCUGGUUCUGACCAUUCUGUUUAUCCGAGGGGUCACACUUCCUGGUGCCGGAGCCGGAAUAUACUUCUAUCUCGUCCCAGAGUGGGAGAAACUUCUGACAUUCAAGGUGUGGGGAGAUGCUGCAGUGCAGAUCUUCUACUCAGUGGGUAUGGCCUGGGGAGGACUCAUCACAAUGGCCAGCUACAAUAAGUUUAACAACAACUGUUACCGUGAUGCCAUGAUUGUACCUCUUAUCAACUGUGGAACCAGCGUGUUUGCGGGGCUAGUCAUUUUCUCUAUCCUAGGAUUCAUGUCGCAUGAGACGGGUGUCGACAUCACAAAAGUUGUUACACAAGGACCGGGUUUGACAUUUGUUGCAUACCCAGAGGCCGUAUCUAAACUUCCGAUUUCCCCCCUGUGGGCAGUUCUGUUUUUCCUCAUGUUGUUCACAAUUGGUUUGGACAGCCAGUUUGGAAUGUUUGAAACCAUGACCAGUGCCUUUAUUGACGAGUUUCCGACUCUGUUGAGGAAGAGGAAGGUUCUGUUUACUGCCAUGUUCUGCUUCGUCGAAUUCCUCCUGGGCAUUCCAUGUAUCUUGCAGGGAGGGAUCUAUGUGCUCCAGAUCAUGGAUUGGUACUGUGCCACAUUCUCUCUGAUGUUGUUGUCGUUUACCGAGUGUGUGGUCAUUGGCUGGAUCUAUGGUGCGGACAGGUUUUACAAGGACAUUGAACUGAUGAUUGGCUAUCAGCCGGGAGUGUGGUGGAAGAUUUGCUGGAAGUUUAUCACACCUAUUACCAUCAUUUUUAUAUGGCUGUUCAGUGUGACCCAGCUAAGCCCAGUGACUUACGGAGAUUACGAGUACCCAGAUGGCGCCAUUGUGUUCGGUUGGAUGCUCGGCCUUGUGUCCCUCUUGCCUGUGCCAGUGUGUGCUCUGAUCGCCAUUCUAGGGGAACAAGGAAGUCUGAUUGAGCGAAUCAAGAAGUUGGUCCACCACUCUGAUGACUGGGGUCCAGCGGUGGAGAAACACCGAGCGCGAUACCUACAAUCACUAGAGGACUCCUCCCCCCACGUCUACUUAGACUCUGUAGUUUGUACACCGCUAGUCGAGUCAAAAGACAGUGCUGCAAGUCAACAAUGUUAGAUGUUAGUCUUGUGUGAAUUUGUAGGAUUUCUUGAAGAUGAGUGUGAUUAAAAAAAAAAGUGUGGACAAGCGGCUCCGGUUUCAAUGUGGUGGGAUUGAUUCUUGCCAGGGCACAUGUAAAUGUGUCACUAAUCUAGAAUCUCCAAUACACAAUGCCAUUGAGAUCCUGAGGGACCAAAGAGUGUGUUUUAGCACUGGAUGCUUAGAAGACUGAACACUUUGUGUCAGUUGAUCUCGCUUACCUACAGAACUAAACAGUAUGAUACUGUGCAACACAAAUGAUGUAUGCAUGUUAAAAGCACCAGAUUUUUAGAAAGGGAGGGGGGGUUGUAUAUCUGAAUAAAAGAUCUUAGAUGGAUGAUGGUUGAAGUGGAUUAAUGGUGCUUUUAUUGACACACCAGAUAAUACUCUACUUGCCAAAUUCAUAGAUGGAGGAGGCAUAUUUUUAUAUUAAAAGGCAAUAUUUUAAUGGUUAUUCCGAUUCUACAUCCACUCUUUUGGAGAUGAAAACAAUGUUUCAGACUACAAAGUUUUCUACUGGUUGCAAUAUUUAUUGUUUUUAUUAAAUUAAUUGUAAUCUGACCUUGUAUUUGAAUAAUUGUGAAAAAAAAAUAGUUUCAUAAACAUUUGUUGUCUUCAAAGUUGAAUAUUUUUUUUUGGCCCUUUUUAUUCAGUGUACUGUGUUUUAAAAAUUUGAUCUAUUUAUUUUAUUUUUUUACUUGUGUCUGUAUAGAGUUAAAGUCUAGGAUAAAAAAUUUAUUGAUCAGUGGAAGUAUUGUACUUGUAUCUGAAGUUGUUUUGAAUAAACCAUGAGGAAAUAA